AUGGCCUCCCACCGCAUCGGCGCGCGCGUCGCGGGCCUCUCGCCAGAGCAACUGUGCGCCAUCAUCGAGGCGCAGGCGGGCGCGAGCGACGCCGCGCUGCGCGUGGCGGAGGAGCACGCCGCUCGGCUCGUGGAGCAGCCCGAGUGGAUCGUCUCCGAGGUCCUCCUCUCGCCGGACCUCGCCCCGCACAUCCUCGCCCAGCUGCCGACCAAGGCGCACGCCGCCAAGGCGACCCUGGAGGCGCUGACGUACUACGUAUACGCAUUAUGUUUCUGCACUCGCCAAAACGCCCGCGAGACGAUUGCCUGGCCAAUGAUUUCAGGCUCCCGCGCUGCCUUGCUAAUCGAAUCCCAAUUGUUAAACUCGCGAAAUUCUACGUGCGUCCGCUGCAUGAUGGCCCCGCCUCGGACCGCGUCGUCAGAGGGCGUUAUGCUGAUCCCAGCCAUCGCCAAGAACAGCACGACUGGCUACAAGAACGUGUCCUACAUCCGCGGCAAAAAGAAGUUCAAGGCGGAUGUGAGAGAUGGCGGCAAGCAUGUCCACCUCGGCUACUUCAACACCGCCGAUGAGGCGGCCACCGCUUACGCUCGGUCAGAGUACGGCCGCGCCGACGCCGCCAAGCUGCUGCAGCCCCGCCCCGCUGCCACUCCUGCUGGCGCCGAGGCGAUACGGCAGGUGGAGAGGGAGGGCCUCGCCCUCACCGCCAGUAGCAGCAGCAACACCGGCUACAAAGGCGUCCGCCACUGCCCGAAGCAGCGAGGCAGCAAGAAGUACAAUCUGGAGCUGCCAGUGUACGAGCUCAGCAUUCUGACGCCUGAGCAAAUGCGAAAUGGCCGCCAACCCGACAUAUAG